UUCCGUCACUUUCCGUCGUCCGAGUCGGUCGCAGGUCGGGCGUUUCUCUCGCGAGUUUUUUUUUCCACUGAAAAAAUAAAAGAAAAGGAAAAAAAUGCAUUGAAAGUGAAAUUUCAGUGCAAACACCGUGCCUGCUGAGAUUCGUAAUAGUGCCUUCGCGACCAAACGUCACCUUGAAGUUUUUAGUUUUAAGUUUCCGACUCUUCAUCAUCACGCGAUGAUGAUGGCAAUAACGAACUCGCGAUCGCUUCGCACGAUCGCCUCCGCCCUUCUGGUGGUAAGCCUGUGCGUGGCGUACACCGCCAGUCAGUCCUCGCCGGCGGCCUCGUCCUCGCAGCUGACGUGCCCCGGCAAGCUGUCCUGCCGGGACUGCAUCCAGACGAGCAACUGCCGGUGGUGCUCGCAGCCGAACUUUACCAAGGCGCGGUGCCACGGGGCAGGGAUCGGAGCGCAGUACUGCCCGGAGGAGUACACCGUUGAUCCGAGCAAUGAGUUCAUCAAGAUCGAAGCGCGCGAGCUGAGCAAGGCCUCCAAGGGGGGCGUUGCGAUCGCCGGGGAAGGCUACGAGGAGAGCCACUGGUCGUCGAGUUCGAGUUCGUCGAGCUCGUCACACCACAGCUCGUCGAGCUCUUCGAGCUCCGCGAGUGCCAGCGGAAGCAACAUCGUCCAGAUCUACCCGCAGCGAGUUCAGCUCAAGCUGAGAAUCAACGAGGUCUACAAGCUGGACGUCAAGUACACCCAGGCCGAGGACUACCCCGUCGAUCUGUACUACCUGAUGGACCUGUCCAAGUCCAUGGAGGACGACAAGCAGAAGCUCUCCACCCUGGGAGACCAGCUAGCCGAGGAGAUGAACCGCAUCACCAGCAACUUCCGGCUCGGCUUCGGUUCCUUCGUCGACAAGGUGCUCAUGCCGUACGUCUCGACGGUGCCGAAAAAGCUGCUGAGGCCCUGUGACCAGUGCGAAGCGCCGUACGGGUACAAGAACCACAUGACGCUCAGUGUGGACACGGCGCGGUUCUCCGAAGAGGUCCGCCAGGCGGCCGUCUCCGGCAACCUGGACGCGCCCGAGGGUGGCUUCGACGCGAUCAUGCAGGCGGUGGUGUGCCGCGACCAGAUCGGCUGGCGCCAGAAGGCGCGCCGCCUGCUGCUGUUCUCAACGGAUGCCGGCUUCCACUACGCCGGCGACGGCAAGCUGGGCGGCGUGAUUACGCCGAACGACGGCGACUGCCACCUGGACUCGCUCGGCAAGUACACGCACUCGUCCAUCCAGGACUACCCGAGCAUCUCGCAGAUCAACCUGAAGGUGAAGGAGAACGCGAUCAACGUGAUCUUUGCCGUCACGCAGAACGAGCUGUCGGUGUACGAGCGGCUGUCGAAGCUGGUGGAGGGCUCGUCGGCGGCCAUGCUGUCCAACGAUUCGUCCAACAUUGUGUCGCUGGUGCGGGAUGAGUACAAUAAAAUCUCCUCCUCGGUCGAGAUGAAGGACAACCGCACGGACAGCCUGAUCGAGGUCAAGUACUACUCGACCUGUCUGGACGGCGUCCGCAAGCAGCGCAACAAGUGCGACGGCCUCAAGGUCGGCGACCUGGUGCAGUUCGACGCGGAGAUCACGCUGCUCAAGUGUCCGGAGAACCCGCGCGAGUGGAACCAGGUGCUGCAGAUCUACCCGGUCGGCAUCGACGAGAGCCUGACGGUGGACAUUGAGAUGCUGUGCAGCUGUCCGUGCGAGCAGCCGGGCCACCCGGAGUACAAGGAGUAUGCGGAGGAGUGCAGCGGCGUUGGGACGUACAAGUGCGGUGUUUGCGGCUGCGGCGACUUUUACACCGGCGAGCGGUGCGAGUGCUCCAUCAAGGACAUCCACAAGGAGUUUGAGGACGCGGGAGCGUGCCGGCAGACGAACACCUCGACGGAGUGCAACGGGCGGGGACACUGCGUGUGCGGCGUUUGCGAGUGCGACAAGCGGGAAAACGCCGAGGAGGUCAUCUCGGGCAAGUUCUGCGAGUGCGACAACUUCUCGUGCGACCGGACGCAGGGUCUGCUGUGCUCGGGGCCGAAGAAUGGCCGCUGCGAGUGCGGCGAGUGCGUCUGUAACGAUGGCUGGGAGGGAGCGGCUUGCGACUGUCGAUCCACGACGGACACGUGCAUUCCGCCGAACGGAGGCGAGAUCUGUUCCGGACAUGGCGAGUGCGUUUGCGGUGGUUGCAGGUGCAAAAUUACGGAGGAAGGUCGCUACUCGGGACGCUUCUGCGAAAAGUGUCCCACGUGCUCCGGACGGUGCAACGAGUUCAAGAACUGUGUCCAGUGCCAGCAGUACAAGACGGGACCGUUGACGGAGUCCGAGUGCGCCACCAACUGUACCCUGUUCGUGCCGAUUCCGGUCGAGAAGGUCGAAGUGGACGAGGAGAAGGACGAGAACAAGUGCACCUUCUUCGACGAGAACAACUGCCGCUUCGAGUUCAUCUACAACGACAGCGGCGAGAAGGUGAUCGUCAAGGCCCAGGAGAAACCGGACUGUCCGGCGAAGGUGUUCAUGCUGGGUAUCGUACUGGCCGUCAUCGCCGCCGUCGUUCUGAUUGGAUUGGCCGUGCUACUGCUCUGGAAGCUGUUGACUACGAUUCACGACCGACGGGAGUUUGCCCGAUUCGAGAAGGAACGAAUGAUGGCCAAGUGGGAUACGGGUGAGAAUCCGAUCUACAAGCAGGCGACGACCACGUUCAAAAAUCCAACCUACGCCGGAAAGUAGGCAGCCGAAUGAAAUUUUAAAAGUGCCUAAAUUUUACAGUUUUUUGAAACGGCGACUUCCGGCAGCUGGCAAGCUGCGCGAUCGAUCCCGCCUGGACCCGUCACAAAAACAAACUAGUCUUCGAAACCGCUUCCGCUUCAAUCUCCGAUUUUAUUGUAUUCGACGGUUAUGGUGCUGUGGUCGAUCGCGCUUUGCAAGUUGUCGGAAGGGCGCGAACCGGUUUGAAUUUUUAUUGGAAUUGUAUUGACAAAAAACCGAAGUUAUUUGGUAGAAAAUUUGACGUAAUUUCAAAAUCGUAAGCCUUACAUAAAGUGCAUUAAAUAUUCAAAGAAAGUAAAAAAACAAUACAACCUUGUAGAACGGUAGAAAACUUAAGACUUUAAACUACAAAAACAAAAAACUCUUUACUAUGACAGCCUCGUUGGCGAGAAUACACAAAUCGAAAUGAUUCAAACAAUACUUAAGUGUACUUAUGUCAAGCGAAAGCAAAAGAGAGAGAGAGUCGAAAGCAACUUUUAAAUACAAAGCCAAAAUUUACUAAGCAAUAGAGAGUGCGCGUCGGACGGUAGAGUUAGAUUUUUAUAUUCGUGUUUGCUGCCAUUUUUAAUUUAACAAAUACAUACAACAUAUUUUAAAAACAACAACUUAUUUAAAUCGGAUUUGUAUUAACAAAACGGAAGUUUAUGUGUCAAAUUUUGCGAUAGGCUAAUUAUAAUUAAUCUUAUUGAUGUGAGCAGUAAUACAAACACGGUGAAAAACAAAACGCACAUAAAUGUCGUGACCUAAAACAGAUAGAAAGAAAAAAAUGCGAAUGCAAUUAAUUUAUUAAUGAGUGUGGACACCGUUUGGCUAACAUUACAAAACAAGGCAAAAUGAAAAGAAAACAGCUACAAAUUAACCCUUCAUCCAUUUUCGUUCAUGCUCGAUUUGUUUCUUUAUUUUUUUUCUAGUUCAAAUAUGUAAAUAAUUUAUUUUUCUUCGUAUUAGAUUUCAUUUGUGCAAAUCAAUCGUACGUAUUAACAAACAAUCAAAUUUAAAGAUAAUUAUCUAUUAUAUGAUACAAGAGGUAGACAUUAAACGUUCUAGAUCAGAAAGAUAGAUUUGCUGUAUUAAAAAAAAAUAUAGAGCUAACUUUAAAAA